GCAAUGCGCUAUGUCAGUCUUGGCUGGGGAAAGGAGACUUCACGGGUGAGAAGUACAAGACAACAUAAUGGAGCUGUCAAGCCUUCGGUCGGUUUGGAAGUGGAUAGCCCUUCAAACUCACUUGAGUUGUUUCCUGAAGAAAUGUGUAUCUGACGUUAAAACUGAAGUAAGGGACUAGUCACGUGGUCAGUGAAUUGGCUCACCAAUCACACUUCUUCAUUUCAAAUGCAUCAUCAUCACGACAACCUCUCUGCAACCUCGAACAGCAGCCAUUGCGCCUCUCGACCGCGACAAUGGCAUCGAAACUCACUCCCUAUGUCUUCAGGGCGGCCUUCCGGCCCGCACGGAUAGCUUCGCGAUCGCAAUGCCGGGCUUUCAGAGCGAGCCCGAGAGCUGCCAGCGAUGCUCUGCAGGUCCAUCGAGAUACCCCCCAGAACAACGCCAGCGUUCCCUUCAAGUUCACAGAGCAGAACAACAAGCUCAUCGAUGAGAUCCUGAAACGCUAUCCACCUCAAUACAAAAAGGCAGCCGUGAUGCCCCUGCUGGAUCUCGGGCAACGACAGCAUGGAUUCUGCAGCUUGAGCGUGAUGAAUGAGGUCGCACGGUUGCUGGAGAUGCCGCCAAUGCGUGUGUAUGAGGUUGCCACCUUCUAUACUAUGUACAAUCGAGAUCCUGUUGGGAAGUACCACUUGCAGGCUUGCACAACAACCCCAUGCCAGCUCGGCGGCUGCGGAAGUGACGCGAUUGUGAAGGCUAUUUCAGACCAUCUCGGCAUUAAGGCAGGACAAACCACCAAGGACGGACUCUUCACUUUCGUCGAGGUCGAAUGCCUCGGCGCCUGCGUCAACGCACCCAUGGUUCAAAUCAAUGAUGAUUACUACGAAGACCUUACACCCGAAAGCAUGGUCACGUUACUGAAGGCCCUGCAAGCGAAUGCGGGCGAGGAGGUAGAGCCAGGAACGGGUGCAUUGACCGGCGAGGAUAAGAAUUUCAAGAGUGGUGCGGAUGUUGGAAAGGAUUCUGGGCGGAUAUAUGACAAGGGAGGCGUGAAGAUCCCGUCCCCUGGUCCGAUGAGUGGAAGGAAGACAUGCGAGAAUAUUGCUGGGUUAACAAAUUUGACGAGUGAGCCCUGGUCAACAGAGGUUUUCCGCAAGGAUUUGUAGACAAGGGCAGAUAAUUGUACAUAUGUUGUGUUUAUGGAAGAUCCGAUAUUUAGGCUUGGAACUGUUGCAUUGAAGUGCUAACGAGCCUUGUCC